AUGAGGUGGCCGCUGGCGAUCUCGAGUCGCCGCCGCCCCCUCCUGUUCGUCCUUCUCGUCGCCCUCUACACGAUUCCUGGAACAUUUUCAUCGAGGCAAGUCACACUCGAUACUGUUGAGAUAUUUACUACUCAUGAAUGGUUUGGCAAGCCAACAGUGGUUUUCCGGUGCAAUGGAGAGAACAAAACAGAUUUGCCCGAUGUGAAGGAGGCGCACACGCUAUAUACCUUUAAGGGUGAAGAAUCAUGGCAGCCCUUGACAGAGCUUCCAGAAAAGAAAUGCAAGCGAUGUGGUUUGUAUGAGGAGGACCCAUUUAAACCUGAUGAUGUCUUUGAUGAAUGGGAGAUGUGUUCGAGUGAUUUCAAGGGUGGAAAAUACACCCGGUUUAAGGGAGGCCAGUUCAAUGCAACAUUCUUAUGUCCAAACUGCACUGCCUCAACUGGACAUGGAAACAGUGAACCUAGCGAAGAUUUGGAAACUAAGAAGACAUCUGUUGCUGCCAUCAUAAUAGUUAGUGUUCUUGCUUCAGUCCUUGUCAUCAUUGCCUUGUUUGGGGGCUACAAGUACUGGCAGAAGAAGAAGAGGGAGCGAGACCAGGCACGAUUCCUCAAGCUCUUUGAAGAGGGAGAUGACCUUGAAGAUGAACUGGGCCUUAGCAAUGAACUCUAA